CCCAUCGCAAUCCAACAAAUCUCUACAAAAUCUGACUCCACACAUCCCUCAAUUUGGUUUGCUUCCAGUGACCAAAACCCAGACUGCAAAUCCACAAAUAUCAUCACUGAUUCUGGAUAUGGAUCGUUGUUUGGAUAUAGAUUAGUUCGAUUUCUUGUAGCUUUUCGUUGGGUUCUGUAAAUAUGGAGCAAAAACAGCAGCAGAAGAUGCAUAUAAUGAUGAGGAAGAAAAUGAUGGGUUUCAAAAUAGCUUCGAAUCGAAGCCGAUUAGCAUUUGGGAUUCUGCUUGCAUUCUUCAUUGUUAUGAAUUUUUGGAUGAUUUCUCGGAUCCAAGAUUCGGGUCCUGUUAAAGGCCUCAAAUUACGGUUCAUGAAGUCGAAUUCUUCCAAAAUCUCAGUUCCGGAAGAACUGAGAAAGAUUGGUAAAGGGAAGAAACCGCAGAAAACGGCUUAUGCAAGACUGUUGUAUAAAGCUGCUCAUGCUUUAGCAGAGUAUAAGUCUACCGAGCCCAAAGAUUUAUGGUUGGAACCCUAUCACGUUGUUGCUUCAUCCUGGCAACCUUGUGCCGAUCAACGCGUUUGGAAACCUAGUGAGGGAAACAAUGGUUACAUUAUGGUUACUGCAAAUGGCGGUAUAAACCAGCAGCGAGUAGCUGUCUGCAAUAUUGUUGCAGUUGCAAGAUUGCUUAAUGCAACCCUCGUCAUUCCCAGCUUUAUGUUCAGUACCGUUUGGAGAGAUACGAGUCAAUUCGGAGAUAUAUAUCAGGAGGACUAUUUUAUCGACUACCUGAAGCCCGAUAUCCGUAUAGUGAAGGAGUUACCAAAGGAGUUACAGUCAUUGGAUCUUGAAGCCAUUGGUAGUGUGGUAACGGAUGCUGACAUUGGGAAAGAGGCGAAGCCCAGUUUUUAUCUGAAACAUAUUCUUCCGCUUUUAAUGAAGAAUAGAGUAGUCCACUUUGUGGGGUUCGGUAAUCGUUUGGCAUCGGAUCCGAUACCCUAUCACUUGCAGAGACUCCGAUGCAGAUGUAAUUUUCAUGCACUUCGAUUUACUCCAAAAAUACAAGCGACUGCCGCUUUGCUCGUUAAGAGAAUGCGUCAGAAUGCAAGACACGCGGGAUCAUUAGAUGAAUACCUGGUUGGACCAUUUGCCAAGAGAAAGGGAAAAAUCAAAAAAGAAUUCAGAUACUUGGGUUUGCACCUAAGGUUUGAAAUCGAUAUGGUGGCUCAUUCUUUAUGUGAUUUUGGUGGCGGUGAAGAAGAAAAGAAGGAGCUCGAAGCAUAUCGUGAAGUUCAUUUUCCUGGAUUAGUGGAGCUAAAGAACACCACUAAGAUACCCUCGCCAGAAACACUUAAGGCGGACGGUCUAUGCCCAUUAAUGCCCGAGGAAGCCGUGCUUAUGCUUGCGGGCCUUGGUUUCAAGCGUGAUACCCGAAUAUUUUUGGCGGGUGCACAUAUUUAUGGAGGAAAAUCAAGAUUGACUGCUUUGACCUCGUUAUUUCCUAAUAUGGUUACUAAAGAGAACUUGCUAUCGUCAUCUGAAAUUAAACCGUUCUUGAACUUCUCAUCUCAGCUAGCGGCACUAGACUUCAUAGCCUGUACAGCAGCCGAUGUUUUCGCCAUGACCGACUCCGGAAGUCAACUAUCGUCUUUAGUAUCCGGUUACCGAGUGUACUACGGUGGCGGGAAAAUGCCGACAAUUCGACCAAAUAAACGCAGACUCGCAGACAUAUUCAUGAAGAACAACACAAUCGAGUGGAAAGUUUUCGAGACCCGAAUCAGAAAAGCCGUGAGACAAAACAAACGGAUCUUUGCACGGCCCGUAGGAAGGAGUGUAUAUAGAUACCCUCGUUGCAGCGAAUGUAUGUGCAAUACGCAAGAAGCUACUUUACCUUUUCGUCCUCGAUAGUUUCUGGUAAUUGUCGUUUUUUCACUACUCUCUCAUUCGUUUAUUACAUUAAUCUUUCGCCAUAUGUAUGUUAUAUGAUCAGAUAGGUUCUAAUCAACGAGAUACGAUGAAUGUAAAAGUAAUAGCUUUUGUGAUAAUAUAUAUAAAAAGAUAACGCAUUUAUUGA